AUGCCUGCGGUGUGUGAAAAGUGCGAGUUUCAAGUAGAAACGACCAUUUUACUGAGAAACUCGCAGUCCAAGGAGCCACUGGAUCUGACCAAGAGCUUAAACGAACACGGCGUGAGGGAGGUGUUCGCCAAAGACACAGCCACCGAGCGCCAACAUCAAUCCAAGACGCCUGAAAUAGGUAUACUGGAGCACCUGGACAGUAUGCCGUCCUUUUGAAUGAAAACUAUCGGAUUAAGGCUUAAAACACAGAUUUGCUGGAUUAUUUUAGCUGCAAUUUGGUGCUGCAUCUUUUCUCCUUAUGUUGGUGCUCCUAAAACCCUGCUAACAUCACUGCCAAUCUGAAAUAAAGCCUGGAAGAUAUACUGUUUCUGAUAUAUAAUAUUCUCUUUAUAUGAAGGUGUUAAAUCAGUGCGUCUGGCCUGAUAAUAAUUGCUUUGUUUUCUAGCCGUAACAGCUGUCACGCCAACAGAGGUCAUCACACCGCCUCCACCAGAAGGUAACACAUAAACACGCUAAUGCACGGUGUCAGUUUCGUCCUUUGUUGUACAGCAGAUCAUUUCAUAACCAAGAUGUUUUUCAUGGUGUAGAUCUGCCAAAGAAGGAGAAGAAGCAGAAGGAGCAGAAGGAGAACUCAGGCUUCCUCAGCUUGUUCAGGAAGAAGAAGAAAAAGCCUCAGAUGGUACAGAGUGUUAUCAGCUGAUGAUGUUUAUAAUGCGGAUGGUUCUUGUCUUUAAAUUAAAGUGGAUGUUCUGUUCACAGGAAGGGUCAAAGAGCGCGCCGUCCUCUCCUGGUCUGAGGGUGGGAGUCAGUGCCAACGUGCAGAGUGUUUCUUCUUCUUCGACUCUGACAGUCGACAUGCCCAAGAAGAGACGGGCCCCACAGCCACCGCUGAGUGGAGCACAGAACACCUCCAAUAACCUUAGCACCUGUAAUAUCAGAGGAGCACAGGUGGGUUAAUAAACUCUUCCUCUUUUCCUCGGUUUACCUCUCUGAACAUCCAGUCUCUUCUUCUUCACCUCCUUUUUUCUUCUCUUCUUUUUCACCUCUCCGUGUCCUCUCCUUCGCCUCCUCUUUUUGUCUUUUCCUCAUCUCCUUACCUUUUCUUGUCUUUUCCUCACUUCCUUACCUUUCUUGUCUUUUCCCACACUUCCUCGUAACCUUCCUCUUUUUGUCUUUUUCCUUACUUUCUUUCCUCUUUUCUUCUCUUACUUUCUUUCCUCUUUUCUUCUUAUUUUCUUUCCUCUUUUCUUUUCCCUUCUUCCUUUUCUCUACUUGCCUUCCUCCUGACUUCCUUUCCUUUUUUUUGUUGUCUUUCUCACCUCCUUACCCCUACUGUCUCCUCCUUUUUUAUUGUUACCAAAUGAUGAUUUCUUUUCAAUGAUUUCUCUUAUUUUCUUUCCUUUUCUUGUCUCUUAUUUCACCUUUCCUCUCUGAAGUCUUAACAUCCAGUCUCUUCUUCUUCACCUCCUCUUUUCUUCUCUUCUUUUUUACCUCUCCUUGUCCUCUUCCUCGCUUCCUCUUUUUGUCCUUUCCUCACUUCCAUACCUUUUCUUGUCUUUCUCCUCACUUCCUUAUCACCUUCCUCUUCUUGCAUUCUUCCUCCUUACUUCCUUUCCUUUUCUUGUUACCUUACCUCUUCCUGUCUCCUCCUUUUUUAUUUUUACAGUUUGAUGUUUUCUUUUCCAUUUUUUCUCUUAUUUCCCUCGUUUUCUUGUCUCUUAUUUCACCUUUCCUGGUACCAUAUUCUUCUCUACUCUCUUCUCUCUCACAUAUCUCUUUUUCUCCUCUUCGCCUUUUCUUUCUGAACUCACCUCAUCAUUUAUUAUCUGUCAUUCUCACCUGUUUUAUAUUUCCCAGUGUUUCCUCUUUCUUAUUCUGACUUCUUGUUAAAAAUUUCCUGUCUCCUCCUUUUCAUCUUUUUUCCCUCUCUUAGUCUUUUGUCCUCUCCUCCAUUCCUCCGUCUCCUCCUGAUCUAAAGAAAUAGCUGCGUUGGUCAGAGAGUCGCUGAUUGAAUUGAAAGCAUUAGUGACGUUGUCCCUCAGUGUCUACAACAAAGAAACUCUGCCGUAAAUGAAGGCAAACAUCCUCCAGUAAUGUCAUUAUCUCUCUCUGCAGAGGUCUGCAGAAUCCACAUUAAGGAGCACCAAGAGGAGGGCCCCUCCCCCUCCCUGUGCAAACAACCACCAGGAGCUGGAGCUGCACACAGACGCUAAAGGUAGGAUCAUCUUUGGACUUUGUGACGGGAACUCUGUGCUUCUUUAUUGUUCAAUGAAAAAGGUCUGAGUCUGUUUAUGUUGCCCUCUAGUGGUGAUGAUUGAGGCAGCAUCUCUGAGCCCUUUGAAUGCUCCUCCAAAAACCUAAUUGACCUUUUACAGUAUUUCAGUGGAAAUCAAAAAAGGGGUUUAAAGUGAGGUGAAUUCUUGCGUCUGCCGAAUCCUCACGACUUCACUCAGCGCAGCGCCGGGUCAAGAGAGAUUGAAGUUAAAUCAAGAUUAAAAUGUCAGAGCGAAUACCAUCAAACGGCCGAUUUAGCAGUUAAAUCCAGCACGAAAACUCCUCUUUUAUCAGCCAGAACAUUUUAACCCCGUUCAGGGCAAUUAAAGUGACCCGGAGAGCCGCGUUCACGGCAUACACUGGCUUCAGUCCGCUCAGAGAUAAAUCCCUCUAUUGUCCGAGCUGUCUGAUAUGCUUUUACCACCUGGUGCACAGCCCGUUCUCUUGAUCUGCUUUCACAGAUUUGAAAGAAUAAUGACCACACUCUGAUUAGACAAAGGUUAUUAGGGAUCUGCAAUUAUGUCGUUAACGUUUGAAAAAGAAAAGAGAACUUGAACUUUGAAUCGUUGGCUGGAUAAAAAGAUGGACAGGCACACCUAAAAUUACAGUCAAAAUACCCUUUGUUACAUGUGCGUGCAUCUUGGGCUGGUAAUUAUGUUUAGAUAAAGAGGUGAACUAGGACUAUGUUGAUGUCCCCCUUGAUCUGCUACCUUAAACAUACAUUUAGCUAAGCCCAUAUGUCGUAUUCGGCGUCCGAUUUUUGUUCUAGAAUAACAAAUAAAAGCUAUCUUCCACAGAAGAAUAAACGUGAAGAGAACCAACAUAAAUGACAGAAACCAUGUUUCUCCUUUGUAAUUUUUUUCUUUACACAGCUAAUCUGGUGCGCUGUAGGAGCUUCAUUUAUCAACAGAGCUGUCGAACAUGUCAUUAAAUUCAUGAAAAUAUGAACUACAUCUAAAUUUCUUAAGUGGACAUAAGUAGACAUAAUGUGAAUCCAUGUUUGGGAACAUUUUAUUUAAAACACAUUUUGAAUUUUAAGUUUGACCCAUGUAUCUAUUAAAGGGAUAUUCCGGCGUAAAAUUAAUUUAGGGUCUAACACACUGUGACACCGAGUUAGACACCCCCACGCGAGAUGAAUGUUGCUGACUGCUUGCUUCUCUAGUUAUACCAACUUUAGUAACGACCACAGGAUAGCAAUACACAGCGGUCUGAGGAGCCAUAAACAAACCUCAACCAAAACGCCACUCUAUAGCCACAAAUAAUGCUCAGAAGAGCACCUAACUUCAUCAACAGGACAUAUAGGGUCCCAGUUAUAGCACUAGCCACCAAACAUCUUUUUAACUUUGCCUAAUUUUUUUAGCAAAGAGACUAAACACAACUCACCUACUCUCUUCCAGCAGCGGCUUGUUUGUAGCGAGACCUCAGGCCAGUCCAUUACAGACUGCUGUGGGGUGACACAGCUCAAGGAAGAACAUUUAUGAUCAUUUUUUCAUGGAAAUACAAUCAGACCGAGAUGCUAAGGCAGAAGAACUACCGCGUCUGCAGAGCAAAAUGAUUAAUAUAGUAAUUAUUACUUCAAGGAAAUGAUCAAGUAAUGAUCAUAAAUGUUCUUCCUUGAGCUGCGUCACCCCGCAGCAGUCCGUAAUGGACUGGCCUGGCUGUGUAUUGCUAUCCUGCAGUUGUUACUAAAGUUGAUAUAACUAGAGAAACAGGCGGUCAGCAACAUUCAUCUCUAACUCGGUGUUACGGUGUGUUUGACCCGAAAUUGAUUUUACGCUGGAAUAUCCCUUUAACAUGGGGUUGGUUUCAUGACCGAUACUACAGCUCGGCAGUCAGUGGAUGUCUACAUUGUUCGCUUUAGUUCUGAGGAGCCAUCAUGUCGUCCAUCUUUGCACACAGUCCUUGUUUAAGCGUCGUAAUUAUCUUCCCAAAUUCUUCCUCGCUUCACUCCCUCGUUUUGUUUUUGUUGUCAGAGUGAAAAAAUCUGCUGAGCCUGUAACAAUCCUAGUCUAGGAAAACAGCCUCCAUUCCUCCUCAUCGUACCCUCCUACACUUAUAUAAUCACGGCCUUUUAAAAGUUCCAAACUUGCUCAAAGAUUUCACUUCAACUCUGAAUGUUUCUCUUGUUUUUUAAAGACCUGUAGACUGAAGAUGGCUGCUCUCUCUCCUCCCUGCUUACAGACUCUGUGUUACCUGAUGCGGGUGAUUGAUUGGGGCUCCUCCUCCUGCUGCUGCUGUCUCCUUUUCCUCUCCUCCUUCCACCAUCCCUCUCCUUCCUCUCCGUCCUCCUCCUGCGCUGGUCUCUUCUUCCUCCUUCCCGUCUUAGUGGCUUUUAUACGGAUGUUUGUCCCUGUCGCCUGUUGCACUUAAAAACAUAUUUAUUCAUCCUGCUGUUCUUGUUCCGUUGUGUUCUUUAAUUUUGUCUGUUAUUUUGCUGUAAAAUCUGUAGCUCUCAUUCAUUUUGUCUCAGGUUUUUAUCCUUUUGUGUGUUUUCCUUUUAAUUUAUCAGACUUUCUGAACUGAUUUUUGUGCCUUUGAUUCAAAAGAGAAACCCAAAUGAAAUUAACUUGUAAAGUAAUCAGUGUUUGUGAAACAUGAAUGAGCAAUAACUGUUUUUAACACAGACCCUGUUUUAUAAUCAUGAUGAAUUAAUUAAUAGUCCGUCUUUGAACAGUUUUUCUUUACAGUACAGUUCUACCUUUUUGAUUAAAUGUCUUUGCUUGUGUUUUUCUGACUGAUUUUAAUUCUAUCUUUGAUUAUAUUAGUUUUCUUUAAUCUUAUUUUUUUUGUUCAGGUUUUUAUCUUUCUUUUCUUGAUAUUUCAGAUAUUCCCAGAUCUCUUUUUAACUUUGAUAAACAUGACAAUUCAUCUAUAUGUUUUAUUUUGUUCAAAAGAUGUAUGUGAGUUUUUUCAUUAUUAAUCUUUUUCUAAAUAAAAUUAAACCAAAAAAAUGCCUUAAACUAAUACGUGAUUUAAUAUAAGAAAAAUAUUAAUUUGUGAAAAAUUGAUUGAAAGAUAAAUUCCCAUUGCACUAAAUCUUUCCUUUUCCUCCAGGGACUCUUGACUCCCUGCACCCUUUGGCAGAUCUGAGAGAAAGUGACGAUUCAGGCUCUAUAACCCUAUCAUUCUCCUCGUCUUCAUCACCAAAACCAUCACGCUCACGAUCAUCCUCAUCCUUCUCCCUUUCCUGUUUCCAUGAAGUAGCCGAUCACCUGCCUUCCUUCCGAGGUAAAGACCUCUCUGACGCUCGGAGCGCUCUCGCCAAAAUUUUGACUUCAUCUGUGAGCAAAGGAGGGCUGGUGAAGCGUCUGAGGAGUUCUGCUUCGACUAAUUUGCACACCAGCUCCUCCUGUCUUUCAGUGCCUCAUAGGCGCUCGGAAAACGGGACGGCCUGCGCUGAAGUUGAGCCUGUACUACCACCGGUCCCCCCUGCAGAGCCUGAAUGGGAAGAUCCGAUAGAAAGGAGGGUGAUGACCACUUUCAGAGUGGUCCCGUCGAAGAAAGAGUGGACAACGGAUGCAGAAAUCACCCUGAAAGUUCCUGAGCAGAUAAGAAUUGAAGAAACCCCAAAGACAGAGGCUUCUAUGGAGAUUUGGAAAGAUCAAAUUGAAGCCAAAGAGGAUCCGUGUUGCCUGGACGGAUCAAAGACUGAAACUUCUUUGCUUAGUCCCGAUCAAUCUUCUCAGGAGGCUUCUAGUGAGCCAGAUUUGACCCUGUAUCCACCUGAUUUGGACAGAAAUCUGGAUCGUGAAAGCCCAAGUCUGCCCAAAGUUGGUGAUACUGUUGAAAGAGAAGAAGAAAAAGCACUCGGAGCUCUGUGUGAGGUGGUUCAAGCAGCAGAAAAAGAACCUGAAGAUUUGUUGGAGGUGGUUCAAGCGGCAGAAGAAGAAGAACCUGAAGAUUUGUUGGAGGUGGUUCAAGCGAAAGAAGAACUUCCAAGUAAGGGUCAGGGUGACUCUGAAGAUGAGAGCGAACAUCUUCAAAGCCUCAAGAGAGAGUCUGUGGAAUCAAACACAGAUCAUUGUGAUUCAAACACUCAUGAAAAAGACACUGAGGACGAAGGGGAGGACUGUUUCCCACCCCCUCCCCCUCCUGUUUUCUAUAACGAAGACUUAGAGGAGAAAAGAGACGCUACAGCGGCGUCUUCUCCACCAUUAAAUCCGACCUCAAAUGGGCAGAUUAAGGCGUUCAGUGGCGAGCAUCAAAAUAGGCCCAACGCAGCCGAACAGACUCCCACAGAAGACAUCAACACAGCGCCGUCCAGGUUUGCACAGGCAGUGGCGUUGGCAGUGCAGAGGUCCCGCAACCAGGGUAACGGAAGAGGUUUAGGCCCUCCUUCUCCUGGUGGUCCACACAACCCACUCCCAUCAUCUCCCAGAUCCAUAUACCAGUACGGUGAGUACCCCCGAAGAGGACGAAGUUCAUCGUAUAGCUCAGGAGUUUAAUCUUAUAUUGAAAAACACAACACAACUGAUUGAAAAACACCCACACAAAUAAAAAAACUCAAAACUUUUACGAACUUUAGAGAAGUUGCUCACCAUGUUGAAGAUAUACAUGAAAAGAAACACUUUAAAAACAUGUCUCCAAAGACUUAUCAAAAUAGUGUUUUUUGUGAAUAAUUUGUUUCAUAGAUAGAUACAUAGAUAGAUAGAUAGAUAGAUAAAGAAAAGGCUCCUUUAGCGAAACAGAUUUCAAGUUUUUCAUAAUCGUCUAAUUCAAGGAAAUCAACAUAGAUAGAAGACAUUUUAUGAACAAAUACCUCUCUUAUAUCAAUAUAUUUAGGGCAGUAAAACAAAAAGUGAACCUCAUUUUCAAUUUCACAGAGUUUGCAAAACAUACAGUAUCUCUCCUCCUCUGUCUCCAGGGCUAAUGGUAAUGUUCCUGACCGUAUUUGUGCACAUAGAGAUCGCUGUCUUGAGCCAGUACAUGAAAAACAUAUAUGAGUGUUUUUUUUUUUUAAAGCUGAAAUCUGCAUUAACGAUUGAAAUUAAAAAAGUAAAACCAAAGCAGCAUUUAGAAACAAGAAGUUGAAGUUUAAAGAGAUUUUUGAGCUCAUUGAAACCAUGCAGGUGCACACUUUCAUAGUAAGUUUGUGAUAUUAGCCAAAAACGCACAAAUGGAGCUAAUAUUCACAACAUGAACGAUAAAUCAUUAUAAGAUUGAAUUCACAGUGUGAUUAAAAGUCCAGAAAACCUGAAAUACCCGACAAAAGAGUCACUGAGUUCAUGAUAGCAGGUAUAUUCAGUGACGUCUACCCUCCGUCUGUCUAAAUCUGUAUAUUUUCAUAAAGUUCUUUUGAAUUAUGUGCACUAUGAGGAAAUCCGUGAGGUAAAUAUUUUCUGUUUCUUCAUCUCCUCGUCGUUGCAGGUGCCUGA